GGUCUUUUUAAUUCGGACCGGAGAAUGAUGAGUUGUUAUCGGCCAUACUCAAGUGGACUUUUCAGUCUAUUAAUCCAAUAGGAACUCAGUCCAAAUCUUAGUAGAUUAUCCAAAGUCUGGAACGGUAUGUUUUGAGGGAAAUAAUGGCAAGUUGUAAUUGUUACGAUAGCCAACCUUUUAUUACAAGGGAUAUCAAACCGGUCCUUUCCGGUCCGGUCUGGUCCAAGUUCAAACAGAAUGGGAACCGGUUUUCCUGCCUUCUAGACCUCUCGUUCCCCCUGUUUCCUCUAUUAUUAUUAUUAUUUUACUUUUGUGAUUUUGGAAUUUUAAAACCCAGCUUUCAGCUAGGGUCAGAUUCCCCCGAGCAAAACACCCAAGAGGCCCGCGAUCCCGGAUUACGACCCCUCAAAAGUCCUUCUUUUUCUCGCCAAAAGAAGAAGAGCUCAAUCCUUACCAAGAUGACAGAGUAUUGGGUGAGUCAGGGAAAUAAAUGGUGCGACUUCUGCAAGAUCUAUAUAUCCAACAAUCCCUUGACCAUCAGAACCCAUGAACUUGGUCAACGUCAUAAGGACAAUGUCGCUAAGAGGCUGGCUUCUAUGAGAAAGGAAAGUGCUGCCAAAGAGAAGGAACAGAAAGAAGCUGCCCGAGCCCUUGAGCAAAUAGAAGCUAAAGCUAAACGCAGUUAUCAGAAGGAUUUAGCAACUUUCAAGGAAGCUGCGAAAUCUGCUAACCAUGCAUUAGAGUCCAAUGAUGCUGCCUGUUCAGCAGCAACUAGAGAUGGUUUUCUGGUUGCAGAGUGGGAGUAUGAUGCUACUUCAGGAUAUUACUACAACGAAGCUAAUGGGUUUCACCAUGAUCCAAACUCGGGUUUAUAUUAUUCUAGUAAUUUGGGGAAGUGGGUUACACAGGAAGAGGCAUUUAAAUCUUCUCAAGUUUCAAGACCUGAUAUGGGCCAUUUAUAUGAAUCUAAAAGUGACAAACUUACUUCAAAGACAUCACAGACUAAACCUGUUGCUGAAGUUGGUGCUGCUUCCAAAUAUAAAGGUGGCCCAGCUCCAGGACCGGUCAUUUCAACAUCUCUAAAUCCUAUGCGAACCGUUAAAGGUGCUCCAUCGUCACUUGCUAUUAAUAAGAGAAAAAGAGGGGAUGAGAAGACAAAGGCGAUGACCAAAGAGGAAGAAGCUGCUCUUAAAGCAAGGGAGGCUGCAAGACAGAGAGUGGAGAAAAGGGAGGCACCGUUAUUGGGCCUCUAUAGGUCAUACUGAUUUGCUGGUGCAGGAAAAUACCUGUUAAUACUUAUUAGAGUGAAUCGAAAGUAUGCCCUCAAAAUAAUAUUGACCUACUCUCCUUAAUGAAGCUGAUCAGAAGUGUAUGAUGACUUUUCCAGUUAUGUUAAAACUUGCAUUGCAUUUAUAUUUCUCUUAAAUGUGUUUUGUCUAUGUUUCUUAAGGAGAAUACAUUUAUUCUGAAUGACGAUAUAUGUU